AACAAAUAAAUCUAAUUUAUUUAUUAGAUUUGCCGCCGUACACAAACCCCAAUUAUAUCGAUCCAUCGCAUCACAUUCACUCCCAAAAAAAAAAAAAAAAAACCACUUCACUCUCAUUUCACAUUUUCAUUUUCAUCCACAAAAUCAAACACCACCACUUUCCAAUUUCAAUUUCAAUUUCAUCACAUCAUCAUAAAAUGGCUUCAACUAGUAAAACACCACCAGAAACAAAUACAAAUGCAGCAAAUGCAACAACCACAAAAGACGAAAUCAACAACAAUAACAAACUCAAAUCAUUAUCAAUGAAAAAAGCCAUAGCUCAAUACACCGAAGACGCAAGACUUCACGCUGUUUUUGAACAAUCCGGAGAUUCUUUCGACUACACUGAAUCGAUUCGUGUAACUGCCGCUGCAACUGAAUCUGUUCCUGAACAACAAAUAACUGCUUAUUUAGCUAGAAUUCAACGUGGCGGUUUUAUUCAACCUUUUGGUUCAAUGAUCGCAGUUGAUGAACCUUCUUUUCGUGUUCUUGCUUAUUCUGAAAACGCACGUGAUAUGCUUGGUAUUGCUCCUCAAUCUGUUCCUUCUUUAGAAGAUCAAGAUUCUUUUACUUCUUCUUUUUGUUUAGGUAUUGAUGUUCGUUCACUUUUUACUAAUUCGAGUUCGAUUUUGCUUGAGAAAGCUUUCGCGGCUCGUGAAAUUAGUUUGAUGAAUCCUAUUUGGAUUCAUUCUAGAUCUACUGGUAAGCCUUAUUAUGGAAUUUUACAUCGGAUUGAUGUUGGUGUUGUUAUUGAUUUGGAGCCUGCUAGAUCUGAGGAUCCAGCACUUUCGAUUGCUGGUGCUGUUCAGUCUCAGAAGCUAGCUGUUAGAGCGAUUUCGCAGCUUCAAUCGCUUCCUGGUGGUGAUGUUAAGGUUUUAUGUGAUGCUGUUGUUGAGAGUGUUAGAGAAUUGACUGGUUAUGAUAGGGUUAUGGUUUAUAAGUUUCAUGAGGAUGAACAUGGGGAAGUUGUUGCUGAGAGUAAGAGGAUUGAUUUGGAGCCUUAUAUUGGUUUGCAUUAUCCUGCUACGGAUAUACCUCAGGCUUCGAGGUUUUUGUUUAAGCAGAAUAGGGUUAGGAUGAUUGUGGAUUGUAAUGCUUCUCCUGUUAGGGUUUUUCAGGAUGAGGCACUUGUUCAGCCUGUUUGUUUGGUUGGGAGUACUCUUCGUGCUCCUCACGGUUGUCAUGCUCAGUAUAUGGCGAAUAUGGGUUCUAUUGCUUCUUUGGUUAUGGCUGUUAUUAUUAAUGGGAAUGAUGAAGAGGGUGGUGGGAUUGGUGGUACUGGAAGAAGUUCGAUGAAACUUUGGGGUCUUGUUGUUUGUCAUCAUACUUCUGCUAGGUGUAUUCCUUUUCCUCUUAGGUAUGCUUGCGAGUUUUUAAUGCAGGCUUUUGGGCUUCAAUUGAAUAUGGAACUUCAGUUAGCAGUGCAGUCGUUGGAGAAACGGGUUUUGAGGACACAGACUCUGUUGUGUGAUAUGUUACUUAGGGAUUCUCCUACUGGGAUUGUUACGCAGAGUCCUAGUAUUAUGGACUUGGUUAAGUGUGAUGGGGCUGCUUUGUUUUAUCAGGGAAACUACUAUCCGUUGGGUGUUACUCCUACGGAGUCUCAGAUAAGGGAUAUUAUAGAGUGGUUGUUGGCCUUCCAUGGUGAUUCAACGGGUUUGAGUACUGAUAGUUUGGCUGAUGCUGGCUAUCCUGGGGCUGCUUCUCUUGGGGAUGCAGUUUGUGGGAUGGCUGUUGCGUAUAUCACUGAAAAGGAUUUCCUUUUCUGGUUCAGAUCUCAUACGGCAAAAGAGAUUAAAUGGGGUGGUGCGAAGCAUCACCCAGAGGAUAAAGAUGAUGGUCAGAGAAUGCAUCCUCGGUCUUCCUUCAAGGCCUUUUUAGAAGUAGUCAAGAGCCGUAGUAUGCAGUGGGAGAAUGCAGAAAUGGAUGCAAUUCACUCCUUGCAGCUUAUUCUGCGAGACUCAUUUAAGGAAGCCGAGAAUAACGAUUCAAAGGCUGUUGUGCAUACUCAUAUGGCAGAACUAGAGUUGCAAGGGGUGGAUGAACUGAGUUCUGUGGCUAGGGAAAUGGUCAGGUUAAUAGAAACUGCCACUGCUCCCAUAUUUGCCGUUGAUGUCGAAGGCCGUAUCAAUGGGUGGAAUGCAAAGAUUUCUGAAUUGACGGGACUUCUGGUAGAGGACGCCAUGGGGAAGUCUUUGGUUCAUGAUCUUGUGUAUAAGGAGUCUCAAGAAUCUGUGGACAAGCUUCUUUCUCAUGCUUUAAAAGGUGAAGAAGAUAAGAAUGUUGAGAUAAAAAUGAAGACGUUUGGCCCAGGGAAUCAAAAUAAGGCAGUUUUUAUAGUGGUGAAUGCUUGCUCCAGCAAGGAUUAUACAAAUAGUAUAGUUGGAGUGUGCUUUGUUGGUCAAGAUGUUACCGGUCAAAAAGUUGUAAUGGACAAGUUCAUUAACAUACAAGGUGACUACAAGGCCAUUGUACAUAGUCCAAAUGCAUUGAUCCCUCCCAUUUUUGCAUCGGAUGAUAACACAUGUUGCUUAGAGUGGAACAAUGCUAUGGAAAAGCUCAGUGGUUGGAGCCGUGCAGAUGUUAUUGGCAAAUUGUUGGUGGGAGAGGUUUUUGGUAGUUUCUGUCAGUUGAAGGGUUCAGAUUCUAUGACAAAAUUCAUGAUUGUCUUGCACAAUGCACUUGGUGGACAAGACACGGACAAAUUCCCAUUUUCAUUUCUUGACCGACAUGGAAAGUAUGUUCAGACUUUCUUGACCGCAAAUAAAAGGGUUAACAUUGAUGGCCAGAUCAUUGGCUCUUUUUGCUUUUUACAAAUUGUGAGCCCUGAACUUCAACAGGCUCUGACAGUCCAGAGACAACAGGAUACUAGUAGCUUUGCUAGGAUGAAAGAGUUAGCUUAUAUUUGUCAAGAAGUAAAGAAUCCCUUGAGUGGCAUACGCUUUACAAACUCUCUUUUGGAGUCUACAUGCUUGACUGAUGAGCAAAAGCAGUUACUUGAGACUAGUGCUGCUUGCGAGAAGCAAAUGUUAAAGAUAAUACGGGACAUUGAUCUGGAAAGCGUCGAGGAUGGGUCCCUGGAGCUUGAGAAGCGGGAAUUCUUGCUCGAGAAUGUCAUAAAUGCAGUAGUUAGCCAAGUAAUGUUAUUGCUAAGAGAAAGAAAUUUACAGUUGAUUCGUGAUAUUCCUGAAGAAAUCAAGACAUUGGCUGUCUAUGGUGAUCAAUUGAGGAUUCAACAAGUUUUGGCUGAUUUCUUAAUGAAUGUGGUGCGCUAUGCACCAUCUCCAGAUGGUUGGGUAGAGAUUCAUGUGUUUCCAAGAAUAAAACAAAUUUCAGAUGGGCUCACUAUUCUGCAUGCUGAAUUUAGGAUGGUGUGUCCUGGUGAAGGUCUUCCGCCUGAAUUGAUUCAAGACAUGUUCCAUAACAGUCGGUGGGUGACUCAAGAAGGCUUAGGGCUGAGCAUGAGCAGGAAGAUAAUAAAAUUAAUGAAUGGUGAAGUCCAAUAUGUCAGGGAGGCAGAACGGUGCUACUUUUUGGUUUUUCUUGAACUACCUGUGACGCGGAGAAGCCUUAAAAAUGUUAAUUAGGUAUUUUAACUGUAAAAUUAAAGCCUGAGCCCUAUCACUCAUGUUGACCAUUAGAUAGUUUGUUGUCGUAUAUUCAGCUCGUGAUCACCUAACAAGCCAACUUAGGGUACAAGCAUUUGAAGCUGAUUCGGCCACUUAUCCCAAUUACAUGAAAUUCUACUAUCAAAUUAGAUUGUUAUUUUGCACCCUGACAAAACUUGUUCAGUACUACAUGAGGAGCUGUUGGUUUGUAGCUAAAUGUAACCUGAAAUUUUACUGAUAAUGUAAUGGCAGAGACGGCCGAUAUAUGUGCAUCUUCAUGGCCAAGUGGGUGUCCAGCGACAAGUUUCAAGAAAAUGCUUACAAUAUUAGAAGCUGCAAUGGACUCCACUCCAUGGUUGGAUUGAACUGCAUCCGUCUCCUGCUUUAUCCUCUUUACUGAAAGUAACUGCUUAUAUCAUAUUUUCACAAGUUCGCAAAUAAUUGUAAAAUGUCUGUAACAAAGGUGUGUUCCCUGCCUAAUUUAUUUCGCCAUCGUUGUACA